AAUAAAAUCAAUUAAAUUAUUACUCGAUUUACUUUCCUUCAUUGGCGCGUAGGUUUUAAUUUUCAGUAAAUUUUCGUAAUUGUUUUUUUACUAGUACUGAAAAUAGUAAGUACUAAAACGUAUGCUUAGUGAGUUUUUUCAUUCUGCUGAGUGCUGUGCGAGGAAUCUCUUCUUCCGCACUCAGUUUUCUCGCCCAAUUUUAAUUCUCUCCUUCGAAUUUUUAGGAGAUUGUGCAUUUCGGGGUUUGUUUGAAGAUAGGUUAAGGGAGGACUUAGCGUUGAACGCAGCAGUUGUCUCUAAUCUGCUGCACUGUUGUUCUAUAUCUCGAUGGAAGCUUCUCAUUUGUAACCGAAGUAGCUUCCCUGUUGCUGGUGGUGUCUAUUCCGCAAACAUAAUCAUGAAUACUGGCCUUGCAAGCUUAUAGACAUCAUUACAAAAAAAAUCGAUUUCCUUGCUUGUGUCAUCUUUGAGGAUUUUUGAGGUAAGAAAAUUAUCUCCAUUAAACAGCAAGUUUAAACCCUACCAGAUUUUUUAUAUGUCUGAUCACCUUUUGCCCUUUAACUGAAAAAAAUGAUGGUGCAGUG